AUGCCCGCUCUACUAUAUUUUGGAGUCCUCGCCAUCCUGGUCUUGAUCUAUCUAGGGGACUUCCCUACGGCUUUCGCAUCUAGCAAAUUACAGAACGUUACCGUGGACGACACCGCAGGUAGCCCUACCGGCGACAUUCACAUCGUGUACGAGCCGCCUGGCGUAUGGAGCGCCGGCCAGAACUGCACGACCUGCGAGGCGAAGGUCGACAAGAGCCAGGUACUCGAUGGAACGUGGCACGACGUGAGCUACAUAUCGGACAACCCGCCGAGCAGCCCAAUCAGCGCGACGCUCACGUUCGACGGUGUCGCUGUGUACGCUUUCUGCGUUAUCACACGGGCAUUCUCGGACCCCAACGGGAACUCGGACAUGUCGUUCCUCAUAGACGGCGAGCAUGCGGGCUCGUUCACGCUCGCCCCGAACGGAGAUACGACCUACCAAUACGGUGUCCUCGUGUACGCGAACACUUCUCUUACGCCCGGCACGCACAUCUUCACGAUGGUCGUUGGGCAUUCUGGAGGCUCAUCCGCGGUCGCGUUGCUGGACUAUUUCAUGUUCACGUGCGUAUGA